CAACAGCCAGCCGACCGGAGACACUCCGAGUCCGAGCGGCAGCUAGCCCGUAACGGCCUGCUAUUAAAGUUCCCACAGGAAGAGGCAAGGGGGAACCAGAGCCGCGGCCGAGCUCAGGGCUUUUUUUUUUUUUUUUUUUUAAAACAAGUUUUUGUAUUUUUACUAACACACUGGGAGACCUGUUAUUCCAAUAAGAAUUGAAGGUGCCAAACGGGAAUCGGGAAGCUCGUGUGAGAAUCAACAGAAAAUGGCGGAACCGGAAAAAUUAAACAUCGACUCGAUCAUUCAGCGUCUUUUGGAAGUCAAGGGCUCACGGCCUGGCAAGAACGUGCAGCUGACAGAGACCGAGAUCCGUGGGCUGUGCCUGAAAUCUCGAGAGAUCUUCCUGAGCCAGCCCAUCCUGCUGGAGCUGGAGGCUCCCCUUAAAAUCUGCGGCGACGUCCACGGCCAGUACUACGACCUCCUGCGGCUGUUUGAGUACGGCGGAUUCCCACCGGAAAGCAACUAUCUGUUCCUGGGCGACUACGUGGACCGAGGCAAGCAGUCCCUGGAGACCAUCUGCCUUCUGCUGGCCUACAAAAUCAAGUACCCGGAGAACUUCUUCCUGCUGCGUGGCAACCACGAGUGCGCCUCCAUCAACCGAAUCUACGGCUUCUACGACGAGUGCAAGCGAAGGUAUAACAUCAAACUGUGGAAAACCUUCACGGACUGCUUCAACUGUUUACCGGUGGCCGCCAUUGUCGAUGAGAAGAUCUUCUGCUGCCAUGGAGGCCUGUCGCCCGACCUGCAAUCCAUGGAGCAGAUCCGCCGAGUCAUGCGGCCCACCGACGUGCCCGACCAGGGUCUGCUGUGCGACCUGCUGUGGGCUGACCCUGACAAGGACGUGCUGGGCUGGGGGGAGAACGAUCGUGGCGUCUCCUUCACGUUCGGCGCCGACGUGGUGGCGAAGUUUCUACACAAGCACGACAUGGACCUCAUAUGCAGGGCGCAUCAGGUGGUCGAGGACGGCUACGAGUUCUUUGCCAAGAGGCAGCUGGUCACUCUCUUCUCAGCCCCCAAUUACUGCGGAGAGUUUGACAACGCCGGUGCCAUGAUGAGCGUCGACGAAACGCUCAUGUGCUCCUUCCAGAUCCUGAAGCCGGCGGAUAAGAAGUUGUAUCCUUAUGGUGGCGGCGCCGGGAUGGGAUCGGGGAGGCCUGUCACCCCGCCACGAAAUUCCGCCAAAGCCGCCAAGGCUAAGAAAUAACACCCACCGCUGGCUCCUCUCCCUCCUUUUCUCCACCCUCGAGUCCGCCUGAUGCUCUCAUUGUUCAUUUUCUCCUUUCUACCUCCCAAUUGUCUUUUUCUCCCAGAGACAUUGCAUUCAUUCAUUUUCCCAUCUGUGUGUGCGUAAUCACACAGAAAGUUUGUUUUCCUCAUUAUAUUUCGCCGCUCAACAAGUAAGCUCUUUCCAUCUUUGAGGUGUACCCACUGCAUUUUGUACACCAUCUUUUCCUAAUGGUGGUUAUCCGGUUAAGCUAGGGGGGGGGGCUUGCAUAGCCCAUGCUGGCUGUAUGGGUGCGCAGGCGGCACUCAUUCAAAAAGAUGCGAUUUAAGAUGUGAAAUACUUUUUUGUUUUGUAGAUAUUUGAAAGCGAUGUGUCCUUUGGAAGCUGAAUCAAGAAUAAGCUUGAACUGGCACGUUUCCCACAUUGCAAAAACCACCUUGUGAUUGUGGCACUUAGCUUGUUGCGAAAUGAGGUGCAGGUGCGGCUGGUAAUAAAAAUAAUAAUGUUCAACUGCCACGUCACACGGUGGUGUUCAGGCCACGUUCAUGCUUGAGGCUUAACUUAUGGACCGCCGUACAAAUGGCAGCAAAAAGCUGACUUCUAAGCUUUUUGCUGGUCAAAACGGUCAAGAUUAGCAUCCCUGUAUGGGUGUGCUCUCUAAAAUGCAACUCAGUAUAAUUUCCUGACAUUUCAGCUGGUUUUAAAAAGAAAAGAAAAGAAAAAAAACAGCAAAAAUUUAAAACCAACUGAUGUAUGUAAGAGAGCAAAUAGCAUUUUUUUGUAUAAAAAAAUCUUUGGGCACAGGACCUCAGAUGUGGUCCAGUUGGGUUGGGACUCCAUAUUCUUUUCAUUCCUUAAAAUGGAUUAGUGUAAAUGCGAUGCAAAGUAGACCUUUUAGUUUUUUUAAAAUUGAUCAUAAAGGUGUUGCUAACUUAUGGCAUUCUUGGCUGGCAAGUCAACUAUCACGUGGUUCAGGUUUUGCUGCAGUACUGACCCACAAGUGUGAACGUGGCCUAAAAUGGGGAAUACUACUGGGGUGGGUGGUUACCGUGACAACUAACCAAAAGAGAUGAGAAAAAUAAGCGGCUGGGUUUUAAUUGACACAUCUUUUGCCUCUGCUUGUUUUUUUUGAUGGGAUAACAAGAGCCAUAGAAAUUGUUAACAUCACGUGUAUAAUAAGCGUAGUACAUGCAAACAGUAGAAAUCGUAAAUAUUUGGCAAACAGGGUGUCACCACAAGCAAACAUCGCUUCUGUAGUCUUUCAGGGUUUCUUACAUUUUUUUGGCCCUCUUCUCCGGUCUCUGUUGCCACGUUUGUCCUCAUCCUCCAUUUGAGUCUCGUUCUCAUUAGCGCCCAUCCACUGAGAUCAACUCAGGAAGUGAUCAGGAAAAUCCAAAUCAUAUGUAUACAGACACGACACCAAAACCUUCCAGGAUAAAAAGUGUCACUGAGUAGAAUAGAGAAAGUCUAGGAAGAACUCCAAUUAACUGAUUAAUCUCAUCUAAAAAAAAAAAAAAGAUGAAAAAAGGUCCAAGAUGGCCACAUAAGGCCCCUUCCAUAAUUUUCAUAAUAGCUGUACAGACAUGUGCUUUUUUUUUUUUUUUUUUUUAACGAUACAAAAACAUUAAUCACUUUUUUGGUUCAUUGUUUUUACUGACAAAUGUGUAUCUCUGAUGUAUGAGUUUUUGUUUUUCAAGGAACGGAUCAGGGAUGUUUUGCAUCAUGUCCUUUCACUGGAUGUGUUAGCGCAGCAUCAGAUCAUUCCCAUGGUAAAAAUAAAUAGAAAUAAGUGAAACUAAUAACAUGGAAAUUUGAUUUGUUUGUUAAUUUCACUAGUAGUUCUCGUCCCAUUGCAAUUUGUCUGUUAAAGGCAUAGAAAUUAAAAUAUAUACCUAGAAUUUGUA